UUCGUGAACGUUUCGUAGACUGUUUGAUUGAUUGCAUGCGUUGGAAGAUAUCGAGACGCGCUCGUACCGUACGGUUGCUUGUCUAUUGUUUUGCGACUGCCAGAGAGUGCAGUUCGGUUUUCCGGAGCGUUUCGUCGUUCUUCGGGCCAGCCAAGUGGAAAAUUCUUAAACCAACGAAGCACAAACAAAAGCUCCCUGUGAGUGUGUGGUUUUAUCUCUGAGUGGCUGCUACAAAGAUCAAUAACCUUGCGGGGUCUGACCGUGGUGUGCGGUGGCCAGGUUCCGGUGUGGCCGAGCGAGAACCGUGUGUGCGUGCGUGUAUGUUCCAUUCGUUGGGGUUUCAGUUUCGGGUUUCGAUUAUCACAGGCGCGGUGUGCAUUUUACUACUUAUUGUGUCCCUAGAGUAGGCCUAAUCUCUACGGGCUGCUUUGUUGAAGCCGAGAAAAGUUGUGUAGUGCAAAGUGUGCUGCGUACGCGUGUGUGUGUGUGCCCUACUACCGAGAACAUCCGAAAAGCGGUUUGUUUGCUCUUGAACCAAAAUAAAAAAGGGAGGCUGCAGCAUGAGUGCGACCGAUGGUGGAGGUGCCGAGCUGAGGCGAAGGUUACUAGCGGAAGGUGAUGCCAGCCAGCAACAGCAGGAAAGCCCUAAACAACAGGCACAGCAACAACCACCGGAGUGUGCUACGACGGAAAACUCCGACCAUGUGGACUCGGAAACCGAAACAGAGGAACGCUUGCCGGAGGAAAAGUACGUGGAUGAGAUGGCCAAAAACCUUCCCCAGGGAACGAACAAAAUGCCUGAGGUGUUGGGUCAAGCGUUGAGCGGACUGCCGGAUAGAUGGAAGAAUUGGGUGAUACGUGGCAUCUUCACGAUGAUUAUGAUCAGUGGAUUUUGUUUGAUCAUCUACGGUGGACCGUUAGCACUGAUGGUUACGGCUCUUGCUGUUCAGGUGAAAUGCUUCCAGGAGAUUAUUUCGAUUGGCUACUCCGUGUACCGUAUUCAUGGAUUGCCAUGGUUCCGCAGCUUGUCCUGGUACUUCCUGCUAACGUCCAACUACUUCUUCUACGGAGAAAAUUUGGUCGAUUACUUUGGAGUUGCGGUUAGCCGUGUGGACUCACUGCGUUUCUUAGUUAAAUAUCAUCGCUUCCUAUCGUUCUGCUUGUACUGCAUCGGGUUCGUUUGGUUCGUGCUGUCGCUCGUGAAGAAGUACUACAUGAAACAGUUCAGCCUCUUCGCCUGGACACACGUGGCGCUGCUGAUUGUGGUGACGCAGAGCUACCUGAUCAUACAGAACAUAUUCGAAGGAUUGAUCUGGUUUAUCGUGCCGGUUUCGAUGAUUGUCUGCAACGAUGUGAUGGCGUACAUGUUUGGGUUCUUCUUCGGCCGCACCCCACUGAUUCAGCUCAGCCCGAAGAAAACGUGGGAAGGGUUCAUUGGUGGUGGAUUUGCGACCGUCAUAUUCGGUCUGGUUGCAUCGUACUUCCUGUGCCAGUUCCAGUUCUUUGUCUGCCCGAUCGAGUACUCGGAAUCGGAGGGACGUAUGAUCAUCCAAUGUGAGCCGAGCUAUCUGUUCCGACCGCAGGAGUAUAGCAUCGCAUUGUUUGGCGCAAGCAAAACCAUCACGAUGUAUCCGUUCCUGCUCCAUUCGCUCUCGAUGAGCAUCUUUAGCUCGGUCAUUGGACCGUUCGGUGGCUUCUUUGCCUCUGGAUUUAAGCGUGCGUUUAAGAUUAAGGACUUUGGAGAUAUGAUUCCCGGACAUGGUGGCAUUAUGGAUCGUUUCGAUUGUCAAUUCUUGAUGGCCACGUUUGUGAACGUGUAUAUCUCCAGCUUUAUUCGUUAUGCUUCCCCACAGAAGCUGUUAAAUAUGGUGUACAAUUUAAAACCAGAAGAGCAGCUGCAACUAUUCAAUCAGCUGAAGGACAGCCUGGAGGAGCGCAAUAUCAUCAAUUUAAAUUAAGUUCCCGGACGAGCGUGAACCAAGUUACCCGUUGUCGCUGUUAUUGUUGUAUUAUGCGUUUUUUGUUUGUGUGUAUGGGUUUUCAUUUGUUUUUUUUUUUUUGGUUGUUUACCUUUUUUUUACGCUUAGUAAUUUACCUCUUCUGCCAUUCGGAAGCAAAAUGGGCAAACGACCAUUCUCGAAAUGGGAAAUCAGCAAACGACGCUUUAACUUUUGUUUAAUGAACUUAUGCUACCAUUAGAUAAAUGGUUCUUAUUGUUGCGAGAGUUAUCUGCAUCUGGAAGAAGAUGGAACGCAACAUAUUAAUGAAUCGCUCGCCCCAAUCUCGGACAUCGCAAACGAACGAGAGCCCCCAACAGAACAAAAUCAAUCAUGAUCUCGGGUUUAGGUACGGGCCGCAAAACCGUAAUCCGCUUACAUAGCUGUCUAUUGACGGUCCGGAUGCAGGCGGUUAUUUGCCGCCCGUUUUCGACCCAACCAGUAUUCCGCUGUGUGGCAAAGAUAGAUGAUAAACUUGUUUUCUUAUAUGAAGAGCUUUAUUCAAUCUUUUCCCUUUACUUGUACAACGGUACCUUCAUUGAAGCGAUUGAGUGAUGCUUGGUUGGCUCAUAAGUUAUUAUUAAUAAAGGAAUCCAUAUGCUGGACGGAUAAUUGAAGGCGAGGACUAAACAACUGAAAAUCGAAAACGGAGGACAUUUAUUUGCAGUAUUCACACACACACACAUA